UGCUACCAUACCACAAGAAUUUUUGUGGGUAUGAUACAAUAGCUGACAUGGACCAAUAGGAUAUAAGUGGUGUAGUUUAUUAUUUGAUUUUUAGGUUUAUUGAUUUUUAAUGUAAAAGUAAUAAUUUUUUAUUGAGUUAACCAUGGGUUAACCAACCCUAGUCAGAUUUCAUUAAUAGAGUUUUAAUUCCCAAGAAUUUGAAAAUCAAUCUUUUCCAUUCUUCUUCUACACUCUUCCAAAACUGCCGUUUCAUUGUUCUUCUACUCACUUCUGCAUUUCGGGCUCCUCUUCCGUUUCGUCUUCCGUCAAUUCCUUCUUCCGGUGGCGCGUUUGCAACACUGUUCAGAAACAAGAACAGGGUUGUUCUUCGUUGACGCCGUCGGGGUUCGUUGUCGCCGUCACCGUCGCCGUUCGUGGUCAUACUUUUCACGGUUUAAGAAAUGGAACAUGGUGGUAGUUCGCGUGGCACAUUCCGGAAAACUUUUACAAUUCCUAUUAAUCUGAGUGAGGAACACAUGGAUAUCCCUAGAUAUUUUUAUGAAAGUAAGAAGUCCUCUCUUAAGAAUGAAGUUCAGCUUAUUGAUCCAUGUGGGAACUGUGUGAAAAUUUGUGUUGUGGUUGGAUGUUUAGGAGGGGUUCUCUGGGAUGUUGUGCCUACCCUUGUCAGGUUCUAUGGUCUGAAAAAGAACCAUGACUUGGUAUUUGAUUAUGAAGGGGAGAAUAGAUUUAAAAUUGGUAUUUUUGAUGAAAAUAAGAAUGAGUUUCCAUAUCCACUUCCUGUUAAGGAGGAAUAUGAAGAACCGGGUCCAGAAAUUGUUGAAUUGAGUUCUGACUCUGAGGAUGAUGAAGAUGAUGUUGCUCGGGCAGAGGCAGAGGCAGAGGCAGAGGCUGGGUAUGUCCAGGUUAAUGGACGACAAUAUUAUAAAUUUGUUAAGGUUAUCAGUGGCUCUGUUGCAAAAAAGAAUCAAACCUUGCCCUUGCCGAGGUCAGUUGUUCGUGAGUACCUUAGUGAGCACAACUGGGGACGUUUUGUUCUCAUGAAGGAAGGUGAUGGCAAAAGGUAUUUAUGCUCGCUGUUGUGGAGGAAGAGAGACGGUCAAUUGACAGAUUGUCAUCUAGGAGAAGACUUUUAUCAGUUUGUCAGUGACUACCACCUAGUUAAAGGCGACAAGCUCAACUUCAAGGCUAAUGAAAUGAACAACUUUCUUCAUGUCAGGAUUCAGCGCCGUAAUGGGAAUGGGAAUGGGAAUGAGAAUGGGAAUUAGAAAAUGAAUUUGGUUUGGUAGCUAUUGGUUGCUACAUAUGUGUUUUGUUUGAUACUGGAUUCAGAUCUUUGUGUUUUUUAACUUUGAACUUGUUUUGUUUGCUACCUACUGGUUGCUACAUGUGUUUUGUUUGAUACUGUGUUUUAUUUUGAUCA